GCCUGGAAUGUCGAAGCCUUGUCCAAUCAGAAGUUCACAAAUGUGGGACUUCUCUUUGUGAUCCUCCUAGUCCCUCCGUUUACAGUACAUCUUUCAUUUUUGUUGCUGCCGAAAGACUCCGAAAAGUAGAAACAAGACUAAUUUGACUGAUUCUACAAUUGGCCGCUUGACGGGGAAGCCCACCGCCCCCCCUCUCCCGUCACAAAAUGCCGUUGGUGACGAGGAACAUCGAGCCUCGCCAUGUGUGCCGGCAGGUGCUCCCCAGCACCAUCCGCAGCGAGCUGGAGUGUGUCACCAACAUCAGCCUCGCCAACAUCAUACGCCAGCUAGGCAGCCUCAGUAAGUAUGCAGAGGAUGUGUUUGGAGAGCUGUUUGUGCAAGCGGGGGCGUUUGCUAUCAGGGUGAACUCACUGGGUGAGAGAGUGGACCGUCUACAGGUGAAAGUCACCCAGCUCGACCCUAAAGAGGAGGAGGUCUCUCUGCAGGCCAUCACCCAGAAGAAAGCAUUUCAUAGUAAUCUGACUCAGGACCAGCAGUUAUUCUGUAGACCCUCUUUACCACUGCCUGUACAGGAGACUUAUCUGACCUGUAAUCCUCCUCCACCACUCAACAACCUCAGCCAGUACAGGGACGAUGGGAAGGAUGCUCUGAAGUUCUACACGGACCCGUCUUACUUCUUUGACCUGUGGAAAGAGAAGAUGCUGCAGGACACCAAGGACAUCAUGAAGGAGAGACGCAAACACAGGAAGGAGAAGAAGGACAAUCAAAAUAUGCGGACUCUGAAUCCCAGAAAGAUCAAGACCAGAAAGGAUGAGUGGGAACGACGCAAGAUGGGGGAAGAGUUUGUGGUACCCAAGAACGACAUGGGAGAAUCUCUUGAGGGUCUGAAUGGCAGUAUUGGUUCAGGAGAAGGCUGUUACUCCCCUGAUGGUUUAGACCAGAGUACAGGGUCGUACGCCUUCGAUCCCGGCUCCCCCCUCCCUCCCCCCGCUCCCGAUGACUUCCUGCCCCCUCCACCCCCAGACAUGACGUAUGACGGACAGUACGGAGCACCAACCCAGAAGCGCACCAGCGUUCUGAGCCCCACACACCCUCCUCCAGCCCCUCCCAUGACCUCUUCUGCUUCCAGUGGCUCCCGGCCCAACCUGGCCCCUCCCCCUGCCCCACCUCCCCCUCCCCCCUCUGGCUUGGGAAUCCCUCCCCCUCCCCUCUCUGGAUUUGACUCCUCCUCCCCUGCUCCCCCUCCUCUCUUCUCCUCUGCCUAUCCCUCCCCUCCUGCCCCACCUUCCCCUCUCUCCCAGACCACCAUCUCUCCGCCUCCUCCCCCCUCUCUCCCCCAGGGUGGUGGCGCACCUCCUCCUCCUCCCCCGCCUCCCCCAGGCCCUCCUCCCCCCUCUUCUGGCCUACCUCCCCCCUCCUUCUCCAUUGGGGCUCCCCCUCCUCUCAAACCCACCCAGGUUCAGCCAGAAGCCCCCGCUGACGCUCACAAUGACUUGCUGUCAGCUAUCCGGCAAGGUUUUAACCUUCGUAAAGUGGAGGAACAGCAAGAACAGGAGAAGAAGGAUAACUAUGGCAACGACGUAGCGGCCAUCUUGUCUCGCCGUAUUGCUGUGGAGUGCAGCGACAGCGAAGACGACUCCUCGGAGUUGGACGAUGAUGAUUGGUCCGAGUGAGGCCUCCUUUACCACCACCACCAUCAUCAUGGUCUUCCUCAGUCCUCCUCAGAGAGAAUGCAUCAUGUCCUUUUGUCAUUACUUCUUUAUAACCAAUUAUCUGAGGAGUAGAGGGCCAAAGAGAAGUGUGUCCUCUUCCACACUCCUGUCUAAGCCAGUCACAUUCCCUGUGUGCCAGUCACAUUCCCUGUGUGCCAGUCACAUUCCCUGUGUGCCAGUCACAUUCCCUGUGUGCCAGUCACAUUCCCUGUGUGCCAGUCACAUUCCCUGUGUGCCAGUCACAUUCCCUGUGUGCCAGUCACAUUCCCUGUGUGCCAGUCACAUUCCCUGUGUGCCAGUCACAUUCCCUGUGUGCCAGUCACAUUCCCUGUGUGUUUUAUGUAGAACUUAACUGAGAGCCGAUGACUUCAGUAUGGAGAACGGUCCAAAUAUCAAAAACCCAAUUUUUCCUAAAGGGCACAUGGCCAAAGGUGUGUGUGUGAUAAUGAGAAUUAUACUCAGAUAGCAUAGUAUACCGUAUAGAUAUUGAUCCUUACAUACAUACACAGUCCCAUAAUGGUAUAACUGAUGAACUGUGUUAUGUAUUAAGAAUAAUAUUUUACUUUAUGAUAGUUAUAAGAUGUGCUAAAUAAGACACACCGGAAGUUUUUUUUAAUGCAGUUUUUGUUUUUUUCCCCCUGUCUUUUGCUCUGUUGGCAUGAGAAUGGUUACCUAGGUGACGGAGGGACUCAUUAACAGGUGGGGGGGGUAGAAAUAUAAUGUAUUUAUAUAUAAAUAGGGGGACGUUCAGCUGAACAAAAAUGUCUAAACGUUCUGAUUCAGUUCUGGCUCAAUAAAACCAUGUCCCCAGUCAGUCAAAACAUGCUCUGCCCAAUAAGUGAUCCCUCUCUUGCCCUAGUCCCGCCCCUCCUUAAGUGCCUUUUGCUUUUCAUGUUUAUGUGCGAGGAGGAUGAAGUUACCCUCGGACGCUGAUCUAGGGUCAGGUUUGGUUCCCAUCGCCACAGGAUUGGAUGACGCGUCACUGAUCUUAGAUCUGUGUCUGAGACAACUUGGAUCGUCCUUCUGUUUAAGUGCCUUCUGUUUGUUUUAAAUCCAAAAGUGUAAAGCCACAAUUAGACCUGAAUGUGUUAUUAUCCAACCACCUCUUUCUGCUUGUCUGUCUCAACUUUAUCAGGGAGGAUUAUUACAAUAAUAAAGAUACAAUCAACUACA